AUGGCUGAAGCUUUGGCGGCUGUUGGUUUGGCUGCUAACGUACUACAAUUCAUUGAAAUCGGCUGCAAAUUCACGUCCCGUGCAUGCAGAAUCUAUCGGUUCGGCGUUGAGAAUGCAGAGGAAGUCAUUGAUCUGCAAGGGAUCACUCAUGAUCUGCAAAAUGUCCUGGAGCACCUUGAGACAUCUCAAUUCGAUGCUGGUAGUAUAGCUGAGGACGAGAGUGGCUUUGUUCAGCUUAUCAAGAAGUGUCAAUCCGUUGCGCACGACCUACUAGCUUGCCUAAGGAAGAUCGAUCUACCACGGAAAGGUCGUAAAAGGGAUGCCAUAAAAGUCUCAUUUCAAUUGAUGUGGAAGGAGGAAGACCUCACCACUUUACAGAAGCGACUUGAUAGUUUUAGACAGGAGCUUACCAUCCACCUUCUUGGCUUGAUUCGGCGUCAAGGACAACAUUCUUUAGCCAAGCAAGAGGAAAUUCUUACAACUAUCAAGGCCGUUCGUAAAGACGUGGGGCUAGAUGAUGCGUUUACGAAUGGCAUCGGAACUCUUUUACUGAAAACUCUCAGCGCUUUGAAGAAUAAUUCAAAGUCUUCGGAAGAGGAACGGUGUCUACAGGCUGACCUGACGACUGACAUAGAUCAUCACAUCAGCCGCGAUUAUUCGAAGAUCGAAGCGCAACCUUUAAUAUCAGAGAAAAGGCGUGAAUCACUGUACGCUAAGUUUCUUGAUCAAUUGUGCUAUGAUGGCAUGCAGGAUAGGGAAGAAAGAAUCGCUGAAGCACAUGAAAAUACGUUCAAAUGGAUCUUCACCCUUGAAGACAAAACCGUAAAUCGCUGGUCGAAUUUCCGAGACUGGCUGGAAAGCGGCACUCAGCUUUACUGGAUCACAGGUAAAGCCGGGUCUGGUAAAUCGACUCUCAUGAAGUAUAUCUGCCAAAUCGAUGGCGAUAUGUUAAUUGAGCUGCACGAGAGUACCGAAAUUGGAAGCGAUCUUACGUUGCUGGAUUCAAAUUCCAGAACAGCCACACCAGAAACGCGUUGUACGAGACACCUCAGGAAAUGGGCUGGCUCUGCUCAGCUCAUCGUCGCUAAAUUCUUCUUCUGGAAUUCGGGAGCACGUUUUCAGAUGACGCAAAAAGGCUUAUUACGCUCGCUCCUGCACCAGAUAUUACGAGCAGCCCCGAAUUUGAUCCCUAAGGUCACACCCACCAGAUGGGAAAUGCUGUGUCUAUUUAAUGAAACUUCUAGGGGAAUGUCAAUGUCAGAGCUACAUGAUGCGCUCUAUGCCAUCGCAAAAGAAGCUAGCGAGUCAAUGAAAUUAUGUAUAUUUGUGGAUGGUCUCGAUGAAUUUGAAGGCCCAUAUGACAAUCUCAUACAGCUUUUCAAAGCUCUUGUCAGCAAUCCUCAUGUCAAGGCAUGUGUUUCAAGCAGGCCCUGGAUUGUAUUCGAGGAUGCUUUUCAGCAUAAGCCAAGUUUGAUGCUCCAAGAUCUUACCUACUCCGACAUAAAAUACUACGUAACAACGAGUCUGCAAAGUGAUCCAGGGUUCGCCCAGCUGCGGAGGAGCGAACAGCAAUAUGCAGACCAGUUGAUCGAAGAUGUUGUGUCAAAAGCUUCUGGUGUAUUCUUGUGGGUCACGCUGGUCGUCGCCUCAUUACUGGCCGGUAUGGGGAACCGAGACCGAGUAAUAGAUCUACAGCGACGACUCGAUCUUCUUCCACCCGCGUUAGAAGAUCUAUAUGAUAAACUUCUGCGCAGCUUAGAUCCAUUCUAUUUGGAGCAUGCGGCGCAGUUCUUCAAGUAUGUUGAAGAGAGUCUCGAUCCUCCGCCACUGCUUCUGCUUUCUAUUGCGGACGACGAGGAUCUAGAUGUCGUACUGAAUAGAAACGUUGUACCCUUGACACAAGAUGACGUGUCUUUUCGUGAGGACACUAUGAGACGUCGCUUGAACAGUCGAUGCAAAGGAUUCCUGGAGGUAGGUAGCUCGUCAGACUAUAGCAAGGAGACCGGACCAACGGUCCAAUAUCUGCACAGGACUGUAAAAGACUACGUCGAAGGUCCUAAGGCGCAGAAAACGCUUGGAGCAGCUUUAGACCCUACCUUUGAUGUCUAUUACAAACUUUGUGUUUCGGGUCUUGGCUACUUGAAAGUGCUUUCUGACGACGAGAACGUUUUGACACAUGACACUUUCUGGGCAGGAAUUCAUCGUUGUCUCUACAGCGCUGCUCGGACGAAAGCAACAAGUCGUGAGAAUCUAAUUCCUCUACUUGAUGACUUAGACAAAACAGGAGCGAUUCUCGGGAAGCGACUCUCAAGAUAUAUGGCUGCUCUUGAAGCCGAGGAGCACAAUCAACUGGUAGGUUUGCUGGACAAAGGACAUUGGACGGUCUCAAAGACUGAACUAGGGCAAAAAUUGGUCAACAGUUCCACCUAUCUUUCCUUGAUAGUCCGUUGCGGGAUUGUCGAGUAUAUUAAAGCACGCGCACAUCACGGAUGCCUUGUGCAGGAUCACCAGGGCCGAAUAUGGCCUCUGCUUCUUGACACAAUUCCCUUGGAGUCGGAAUUGAGAGAACCUUCAACGACUCCUCAGCUGGACAUGGUUGCCUGUUUAUUAGAGAAAGGGGCAGACCCGAAUUAUAGAUUCCAAAGUAAUGGCCUUCUACACAUAUCGAUCUGGCAUCAAGUCAUUCAACAAAUUGCAAAAAGCCACACUGACCUAUACAUUAUCAAGCCACCUUGGGAUGAAAUAGCACAUAUGAUGAUGCAACAUGGUGCCAAGCUUGACCAAAAGGAAAUAUACCGCGAGCUUCACAUGAGCACAAUCUACCGCCCACCGGGGAAGGGGCCCAAUUCACAAACGGUUGGGGAGGCGAAGCCAUUCUCCCUAUAUUUAUCAUUUGUCAUCCAAGAAAUAUUAGCUAUGAAGGAAUCCAAGUCUUCAAGUUGGACUUCCUGGCUCUCUUGGUCUAAAAAGCGAACGCCAUAUCGAUGA